AUGAACUCGACGGUCCCCGCAUACAACUCACCCGAGUUGCUCUACGCCGACACGGACUUCAGCAAGCUCAAUUGGCUCGAGAAAAACUGGGCCGCGUGGUACAUAUGGAUUGGGAACCCCAUCAUUGCGACGGGGCUUAUGAGCUUCUUGCUGCAUGAGAUUGUGUACUUCGGUCGAUGCGUGCCGUGGAUCAUCAUCGACGCCAUUCCGUACUUCAGGAGAUGGAAGCUGCAACCCAACAAGGUCCCCACGGCUCUCGAGCAAUGGGAGUGCACCAAGCAGGUUCUGUUCUCGCACUUCACCAUUGAGUUGCCGGCGAUCUGGCUCUUCCACCCCAUGGCUGAAUCUAUCGGCAUGACCACAUGGCAGGUUCCCUUCCCCUCGUGGAAGACCAUGGCGCCCCAGAUUGCGUUCUUCUUUGUCUUUGAGGACAUGUUCCAUUACUUCGCUCACCAAGCUCUUCAUACCGGUGCUCUGUACAAGCACAUCCACAAAAUCCACCACAAGUAUUCGGCGCCUUUCGGUCUUGCCGCCGAGUACGCGCACCCCGCAGAGGUCUUCAUCCUUGGCACGGGCACGAUUGCUGGACCCCUGCUCUACUGCUACUUCACCCGCAACCUCCACAUCUUCACCGUCUACAUCUGGAUCACCCUUCGUCUGUUCCAGGCCAUCGAUGCGCACAGCGGUUACGACUUCCCCUGGUCGCUCCAGCACAUCGUGCCGUUCUGGUCCGGCGCCGACCACCACGACUUCCACCACAUGGCCUUCGUCAACAACUACUCAACCUCCUUCCGCUGGCUAGACUACCUCCUCGGCACCGACGACAAGUACCGUGCUUACAAGAAGCGCACUGCUGCUGCCAAGGCCGAGUUGAAGAAGAAGAAUGCCAGCCAGGAGGAGUUGAAGGCGAUGGAGGAGAAGCUUGCGGCAGAGGCUGAGCGAGAGGGAUUGAUUGCGGAGGCGGAGGUUGAGAACUACGACAAGAAGAAGGCAUGA